AUGGAAGAAGACGAAGCUAAGCUGAAGAAUCGCGAGGAAACGGAGCUCUUCUUUGGCUUUCUGAAUCGGAUGGGAAGGGAGAAGCGAGACCGAAUUCUUGGGUCGCAACCUGUUUAUUGGUCAAAUGUUGCUAUGGCCCUUUCUGUGGCGCAAGAGUUUUUGUUUGGCUUUGACGACGAUACUCUUACAACCCGUUUGUUGGAAGCAAAUGGUCAGGACGGUGUUAAUGUGGAUGGGCUGCUCCAAGCAAUUUACGGCGCCCAAGCCUGGGAUCCAAUGGCAUUAUUCCUGAUGCGUAACCUCCGUGUGGACAUUCUCAAGGAAUGGGACCGGAAUGAUGCAGCGUUGGUACAGCGCACACCAGAGGAAGAAGAGGACGGGGAACAGCGUCUUCCUCCUCCUGUGGAUCGAGCACAUUUAGCCGGCGGCGACGGAGAUCGUGCAUAUGUGCAGAUUCCUAUUCCUAUCGCGGAACCCACUGCUGUGGGGACUGAUGAUGCGCGAGUGUCUGUUCGGGUGCAGGGAAUCCUGAAUCUAGAAAACGUCUUCAUUGCGAUGAAUAUUUACCAUCCACCGGACGACGGCACAAAUGAUAUGCUUAAAAGAGCGGGAAGCAGCGACGCGUCGGAAUCUACCGUCGCAGACGAAGCAUAG